CUUUCUUUCCCCCGCGGGACAGCCGUGACAUGGUUCAUGCCCGAGGGAUAACGCCGCGCUACCACCAACAGAGUUGGCAGAAGCAUUCCUGUCAUCGCCCCCCAGACAGGCCGCACUUCGGGGUAGCGGGCACGCGCAACAUUCGUCGCCAAGGGACGCCAGUCUUCCACGGUUCGCAGCAGCAGCAGCACCGUCUCCGGGCGAAAGAACAACGCGCUCGGCAGGGUACAGCGAUCGCGAUGAAGUACGACCCUUCUUCUUCGGAGGGCCCGGUUUACGCGCACGGCUUCCAGAAGAACAAGUGCCGCGACGAGCGCCGGUGCCACCACUGGGCCGGCCCGGAGUGCGGCCGCUGCAAGCGGGGGGCCAGCCACAUCGACGGCGCCAUGGCGCGCGGCCCGUGCCACCACGUGCGGUUCUCGGAGCGGGCCAGCCAGUGUGCCGCCACGGCAGCAGCGAUGCAGCCGGGGCGCGGCGGCCACUGGACCAUCAAGCUGCCCUCGUCCGACUUCCUGCUGGCCGCCGCCGGGGCUGCAGCCACCACGCGACCCGCCGCCGCCAAGCCGGUGGCGGGAACCAAGCCUGCCGCUGUCGCGGUUACGGCCGAGCCGCAGCCCGCGCAGCCGCAACCGCAGGCAUCUGCGCAACUCCACCACCACCACUCGCAGUGGGCGCUGCAGAACUACAUGCAGCUCGUGUGCCGCGACAAGCGCGGAGGCGGCGCCUCGCAGCACCAGCAGCACCAGCAGCAGCGCCACAAGCAGACGUCGUCCCGCCUCGCCGACGUGGUCGCGGCGGGGGCGUUCUACUCGGCGACCUCGACGACGUCCUACUGGCAGCAACAGCAGCAGCAGCAACCCGACGACUCCUACGUCAUGUACCGCACCUCCGCAGCCGAGCAACGAAUUUUCCAGCAGGUCGGGCCAUACGCGUCGUGGCGGGAUAUGCGCCCCAAGAUUGGCUGCGUGCCAAUCAGGCAGACCACGUGCGCCGACGGUGACGGCCACCUCGAGCCCAGCGACCACCAGGACGGCGGGUUCACGCAUCCGGGCCAGCUGCACUCCUUCCUCGCCUUCCAACACCAGGAGCACCAACAGCAGCAGAAUUGGGACCAGGACAGCUACCUGCCUUACCAGGACGGCGUGCCGGGCAUCAACGGACAGGGCGACGGCGACGCGCCCGCCUACGGGGGCGGCGCUGCGGCGCUGGGCGGCGCCGACGGUGCCGACGUGCUUCGCGACGAGCAGGACGAAGUGGUGGCGCUGCUGGCGGAGAUCGACGAGCGCCACGAGAAGCACCUGGCCUUCGAGCGGGUGCUGCAGGAGCGGGAGCCCACCUUCUGGAGGCACAGGUGGCGCACACAGCCUCAAUUUCCGUCGCAGCACUUGCUGUAUCAGCAACAAAUCAUCGGCACAGCCGGUUCAUGCGACUCUGUGGAAGUCUUCGUGGACGGCGGUGUCUGGCGUUCGGUAUCCGAUAAUGGACUCUACGACCGCAGUGAUCGCAGGCUCUGCCCACCGUUCAGGGUGGUUCAGAGUAGGACGUCGUCCGUCUUCUUCGCUCGGUUCGCUGCCGACGACAUAACUGCCAGAUAUGCCCAAGCAACGGGCUCACUAACGCCUCCUCCAUCGAGGGGUAGCACUCCGAGCCCCGUCCCUGUCGUCGCUGUCGGGACUAGCACUCCUCCGCACCAGGGCAGCCCCGAGUCAGGAAACGCUGCCGCGAGCGCUCCACAUGAGGACAGGAACGAGAAAUGCGUCGAACCGAAGUGCGGUGACGAAGCCAGCGGAGGCAAGGUAGAGGGCAAGGUGAGCCCCUUCGUCGUUCACCGCCAUUCGCCGGUUCAGGUUAAGGAAGCUGCCUGUGCUCUGCCGGCGACGAGGAACCAGCAGCCGUCGCAGCACGUGCAGAGGCAAGAGCCCGUGGACGCGACGGCGAUGCAUCAACAGCGGAAGGCCUCCAACGACUUCCGGCGACCCAGCUACCCGCGACGCGAGUACCACAGCACGCGCCGGUACAACGAACACGACCAUUCGACGCCGCCGCCGCCGCCUUCCUCGCUAGACAGGCCCCCGGGAGGUGGGAGACAGUUCAAGACGACCGACGGCGGCCGUUUCCCACAGAACGGGCAGUGCAGAGAGGCCUUCAACAAUCGACCGCAUGCUAACAACAACCACCACCAUUACUCGGACGGCGGUGCCUACGCGAGGGGCCAGCAGCAGCCACCCAGAGGAGGGAGCCACUCGGCGAAUCGGAACCGAAACCGCCCCAAUAACAACAACCGCCAGUGCAACGGCGCCAACCAGUGGAACAAGGACAGGGCGAGGCAGGACGCCGGCCCGGACGUUGGCAAUCGCGGCGGGUUCGCCGCCCACCGCAGCUCGCUGCCCUACUGCUGCCGCAGCGUCGCCGGAGGCUCCAGGGUGGCCAGCCCAGCGGACGCGUCGGCCGUACCGACACCACCGCCAGCCUCGCAUCGCGGACGCCGUUAUAACAACAAGCAGGGUGGCGGUGGAGCCGGAGGGUGCGGAGGACAGGCGCAAGUCCAGAGGCAGUACUCGGCCUCGAGACCGAGUCCUCAACAGGUAUCUCCCACCUCCCGCGACAUCCAGUCCGCCGGCGCUAGGUCUGUGGCGGCCAUCGACAACAAUGGCGGCAGGCAUCCAUCGAACAGGAAGCCCAGUGGGGAUGCCUCAUCGCGUAAGCCCCGCAGGCAGCAGCAGCAGCAGCAACAGCAACAACAACAGCGUGCAGACUACAACCAGCCGCGCUGCGCCAGUAGCAGAGCCGGUGAGUCUGCAACCGCCACGUCACCCACGCUGGGCUCGCGCAAGUCCUGCGAAAGCCUGCCCACUGGAUGCGGCAAUGGAGACGCUGCCGCGGCAGACUGCGCCGACGGUGACCUGGCGGGCGAUGCCUUAAACAGACGUUCCAUGUCUCUCAGGAUGUUCUGGGAGAGAACCAACCUCACCAUCUUUCGCAGGCGGACAUCGCAGUGAAACGUCAGCUCGCAUUGGAGCGCCUCGAAGCCGCCGCAGCAGCGCGGGGGUCCGUACCUCUCGCGCGCCCCAGCCCGGCACGAGACUCCCUUCAACACCAGACGAGGCACCAAACGCGUUGCACUAAAAGCCUACUUCCAACCUGGAUCUCUGGUAUGCCUCAUCUCUCGCUUCUUGCGUUGGCUUGACGGGCUUGACGAGUGUGAACGCCUUGGUUUGCUGACCUGCAUGACUCUUUACUUGUACAUAAUUUUGCUGCUUUGUGGACCUGCUCCACCAAUGUUGUGUGUGUGUGAAAGUGAUUUUAUUUUCAUUAAAGCUCGUUUACUCACCCCAA